CAGUGCCGCGGAGAGGGCUGAUGUCGAACCGAAUGGAUUUGCACAAGUUGGGAUUUCUGCAGGUGCUUCUGCUGUCAGCGCUAGGUUUGUGCGCUGGCCAGCAGGCGCUGCCCCCGGGAGUUAGGCAUGGCGCAGUUGGAGGGAAUAUAACGUUCACCACUACCAUCGACCCCUCGGCAGGCCAAGAGUUUCUCACCAUAUCCUGGACUUUCAACGGUGCCCCCAUUGUCACCUUGACACCCAAAGUUGAAAGUCCCAGCGAGGCGUACAAGGGCCGGGUCACCCUGAACAAGACUACCGGUUCCUUGCAGCUCAGGCAGCUGACAAGCAGUGACUCUGGGGAUUACGCCGUAAGCAUGGUCACUCAGGAAGCGAAAACGAUCGCAGGAGAAGCCACGCUCAAAGUGUUCGAGCCCGUCUCAGACGUGACGGUGCAGGCCAACGCAACCGAAAAGCCCAUAGUGGAAUUCAAUGACACCGUCAGCCUCACCUGCAGCGCCACGGGCUCGGACCUCAGUUACCAGUGGCUGGCCGGCGCCUCUGUCAUCGCCAGCGGAGACCGCAUGCGGCUGAGCGACAAGAACCGAACCCUCACCAUCUCCGGCAUUCUGAGGUCGGACCAGGGGCCAUUCACCUGCACCGCAUCCAACGUCAUCAUGGCGAAACGCAGCAAGCCCAUCCUCCUAAUCGUCAGCUAUGGACCGGAAAAUGUUAAGAUGACCGUGACUCCUCAAAAACCGAUCCACAAAACGGGGUCCAACCUCACCCUGACCUGCUCGGUCGAGUCCAGCCCUCCCGCGGUGAUUGGGUGGGUUUUCAACGGGACCCCCCUCAAGCAGGAGGGACCAGUGCUCCAGCUGGCCAACAUUCUCGAGAGCCAGAGCGGCAAUUACAGCUGCAUGUCCCAUAACACCGUAACCCUGAGGUACAAGCCAUCUGAAACCUCUCGGAUCAGCGUGCUGGAGGGAAUAUCAGGCAGCAAAAUCAUUGGCCCCACAACGUCACUGAUCGCAGGAAACAGCACUGCCAAUAUGAGCUGCCAGGCAGUCAGUGGCACAGUUGCCAGCAGAGAGUGGCUGAAGGAUGGAAAACCACUGUCUCCUAGCGACAGGAUCACCAUCGCUGCAGAUAAGAGCUCUGUGUCCAUCACGCCAGUACAGAGCAGCGACAGUGGAGACUAUGUGUGCCAGCUCUUCAAUGCUGUGAACAGUGAAACCGCCAGCUACAAAAUGACUGUCAACUAUGGGCCGCAGGAUGUCAAGAUAAAGGGGGAGGAAGCAGUGGAGAUGGGGGACAAAGUGGUCCUAAUGUGCUCUGCAAAGUCACUGCCCCCUGCUACGUUCAGCUGGACUUUCAAUGGAACGCUGUUACGGGUGACGAACGCGGAAUACAUUAUCGACAGCGCCGUCUACGGCCAAAGCGGGAGAUACGCGUGCAUGGCCAAGAACAACGUGACCGGACUGAGUCUCUCCGCUGUCCACACGCUGUCUGUAAAAGAGGAAGGAGCGCUGGAGGAGGAGGAGACUCUGUCAGGAGGAGCCAUCGCGGGGAUCGUGAUUGCUAUCCUGGUGGCCGUGGGGAUCAUCGCUGCCGUGGUCUACUACAUGAGGACGAACCGGAAGAUUGAAUCACCGUACUAGCACUGGAGAACCUGGAUUUGAACAACAACACAGACAGACAUCAGCCAAAUUUCAGAGCUCUUAGUGGUGCGAGGUCUGGGCAGAGGCGCAGAAGAGGUCCAUCAGAGGCAUUCAGGCCGGCCCGACCACAAUAUCCAAGACUGCAUACAAAACCAAGUGCACUAAACUGAGAGAAUACACCAUUCGCUAUCACUGUGGUCCCACCCACACAGGUCAACGGUAACUCCCGGGGAAGGCUGGAAGGGCAGGCUGGUAGGGGCAUGGUUGGCUGGGUCCAGCACACCACAUCUGUUUCCCCUAUGCACUUGCUGAAGUAACCUCUUCCUUUCACCGCUGAGUGCUUUGAAGUGCCCAGGUCAUCCACCUCUAAACACAGGAAUGUCAUUGUUUAUACCCUACUUCCUUUGAUGGUUUGGAGACACGACAGUGCUGUUUUGAUUUGAAUGAUAACCGUAAGGCCCUAUCUGUAGCCAGUAUUUUUUUUUUUUUGUCUGUCUGAAGCAGCAGACGUUGGGAAAUUGUCUUGCUGUUGAGUCAGAUCCCGGGCUAAGAGCUGUGAUUAGUGCACUGAGGGACCGUGUGAUCCUGCCAAUCCUCUUAAACCCUGCCCCUGAAAUGAACAACCUCACAGAAACCACAGUUUGUUUCAAAGGCCACAUCACCAUGUGUGCUGAGGGCUCAAACACACGCCAAAGUUGUGUGUCACUCAUUGAUAGUAAUUUUUUUUUGGAACAAGAUAAAAUGUUUGUAUAUUUAUAACAUUUUGAGAUUGAAUUUCAAAACAGGGUCAGCAGGUACGAACAUGUUGUGUGUGUUUAAGUCAAGAGGAAUGUUUUGUAGGCAAUGAUAUUCCCCUGUUCUGGCAGGAAAGUUUUGGUGUCUUCUUGGGUCUAACCACUAAGAUUUGUUACAGCUGAAAUCCUUCAAAUUUGUGAAAAUCAAAAUUGGAUUCAUUUGGAUGUCUUUUUCUCUUUAACUGUAAGAUGGCCACUGAAUUUUGAAACAAAGCACAGUUUAGUGUGUUUAAGAUCGAACAGGUGGCAUACAUGUGUAUAAAUGUAUCCUAGGUCUUUUGUAAAUAUUGAAGAAUAAUACUUUUUACAGGCCCUCUGAUAAAUGAGAAACUAGUCUGUCAUUAAAAUGUUAUAGAUUUUGGUCAAGACUUGAUCCAUCUGACAUAUUAGCACAUCAGGUCAAGUGAACUUUGAUGCAAAUUCAGGGAUAGUUUUUUUAUCGUUGGUGGUUUGUGGAGACACGACCAGAACUGGGCCACAAAUUGUGAAAGCGUUUGACUGCAAAUGAUGCUUUAAUAUUGUUCUAUAUGUCCUUUUUUUUGAAAAGAAAACUACUAGUUGACCAAAUUGCACCGCAACUGAAGGUAUUCAAGUAGAGUAUCACAGCUGAAUAGGUUGGUGUUAAAAGUGGCACAGUAUGCUUUGUUCAUUCAUUGGUUGUAGCCGAAUAGUAGUUCCCUGUAAAAAAAGAGAAGCAAAAAGGCUCAACAGGAAAUCACAACAUCAUUGACACAUUUGUAAAUCUUGGUCCAAAACCCUAAUAUUCCUUUUUUUCACACAGCUGGAAAAGUGUCUUAUUUAUUACAAAUACGUAUUGUUUUAUGCUGUGCUCAGUUUUCUGUCUAGAUUUUACUUUUAUUUUGGUAAAUUAGCACUUGUAAAAUGUUAGCAUGUCUGAUUGGGGUCAUUAUAAUUGUGGUGUAAAAACAUAACUGGAAUGAACCCAACUCCUAGGAGUGUCUUAAGUCCCAGUUUUAACCCAUGUAACUGAUAAAAGUACAAAUCCAUUUUCACUCCCAUCAGCAAAAUGCUAAGCGACUUGCCAACUGUGUCAUUUUGUGAAUAGUAGUCGUCUAAAGUUUGAAAAGAUUGUAAUCAUGUAUAUUAUGUAUCGUAACAUGAAUCUGGUAUAAUUUAGUUUAAUUUUGAUCAAGUGCCUUGUCUUUUUUUACUGGGGGGUCGGGGGUUGGGGUAUGAGGGCUACGUAUUUAUCAUCAUUUUAUCAUUUGUAUUUAGCCAUAAAUGUUCAGGGAUUGUGUGUGCUUUAUAAAAAGGGAUUACUGCUAAAGACAAAUACGCAAUAGUAGCUUUUACACUAUGUGAGUAAAUAUGUUUCAGUAGAUGCUCUGUAUGUUUAUUUAUUUCUUUUUUUUUAAAUGUUGUUUUCAAUAUUUUUAUCCCAGAUUAAUUUAAAUCAGCAGUCCUCUGGUCAAUAGUCAUUAGAGUACAUUGGAGUUUUGUCAUAAUACCCAGCACUUAAUAUCACACGCCAUGCCACUGAAAUGAAUGUGCUUUGAACUGGGGGAUACAAACAAAGUAAAGCAGAGAUUCUGAGACGCUGUGUGACUCUUUCUGUGUCCUGGAUGAGUUUCAGCAGUCGUCUUUCUGCAUGGUGUCUCCUCUUCUGCCACACCCUUCUCCCUCUGCUUUUUUUAUGCGAAAGGUAUGCCUCUUAAAACGGCCGUAAAAACAGCUAUAAAUGCACAGAAGGGCCUG